GACUUUCUGCCCUUUUUCCUUCUUUCUCUUUCUUUUUUUUUUUCAUUAGUUUGUUGUAAACGUCUUUGUCUCUUUUUCAGUUGCUGAAGCAUUUUGUUAUUGAAAUUAUCAGUUUUUUAUCUACUAGUUGUACAAAACAUCAUGACUUCUUCGGUUCCAAGACACAGCGGUCGCGUAAAGUUUUUUAAUUCAGUCAAAGGAUUUGGAUUCAUAAUUCCCGAUGACCAGGCUGGUCAAGACAGCAUUGAAGAAGUGUUCGUACAUCAUACAGCCAUUCAAAAUGAAGGAGGCUUCAAGAGUCUUGGAGAGGGUGAAGAGGUAGAGUAUGAUCUGGUGCAAGGUCCAAAGGGCAUGCAAGCAUCCAACGUGUCGGGUCCGGGGGGCUCUUCUGUUAAAGGAGACCCAAAUGCUGGUCGCCGUCCAUUUGAAAGGUAAGCUUGGAAACGUCGUAUUUACAGAUUUGAAAAAAAA